AACUGUAUGCAUAAUGAAGUAUGCAACUGGAUGGAAAUCUUACCUCCCUGUCACCCCACAAACAAAUUCUAAAGAUAGUGGACAAAACUGAUGGGCAAACAUCUACUAUCAAAGACCGACCACGAUCUACAGCCGAAAGUUAGGUUCGAAUUCCAAGACCAGUGCGAAAUCGAACCAAACGUGUCUAUAGUCCUUAGCAAGCGUUGUCACCGAUGUCACACAACGAUCGCCAACCAGCGUUGUGUGACAACUCAAAAAAGAACUUCUGGGAAAACUAUUGUUCCAUCGUGCUCUAAAAAUCCAGUAAUCCUUUCAUAAUACGCUUAAGUACGCGAUCUGGUUACUUACUAAGGUCAAAUCCGUCGAUCCGUGACUUUUCUGUCAUUCACCUGCCGUCUCUUCCACGUCAACUGGGACCCAAGCUUGGUGACCUAGCCUACUCACCUUGGCCGGCGAACGCGCCAAGUGUCACUGGCUAAGAUGUCUUUCGAAGUUUUUGCGUUUAUUUUGGCGAUUCUGAUCAGCAUAGCUUUGAUAUUUUUCGCAAUUUGGAACAUCAUAGCGUUUGACGACCUUAAAACUGACUACAAGAAUCCUGUGGAUCUUUGCAAUAAUUUAAAUCCGCUUGUACUUCCUGAAUAUGGAGUCCACUUGUUUGUCAGUCUUCUUCUUCUUGUUGGUGGUCAGUGGACAGCUUUCUUGUUCAAUCUUCCUCUUAUAGUUUAUAAUAUCCACAGAUAUGCUAACAGGCCAGUUAUGAGUGUUCCAGGCCUCUAUGACCCUACAGAGGUUAUGAAUGCUAGUGAAAUGUCUCGCUGUCAGAAGGAAGGGUGGAUUAAAUUGGCAUUCUUUCUACUGUCUUUCUUCUAUUAUCUCUAUAGGAUGAUGUAUGCCUUGUUGGCCUAAUGGAGCAUUCAAAAGCCACAUUGUAGACUGAAAUUUUUUUCCUCUUCUUGACUGGGACUGUCAGUUGAGACAACUAGUGGUGUGGAUGAUGGCAGCAAGGAUUUUUUACCUCAAACUUGACCUUCUCUCAUACAUUGUGCUAGCUGUUGCAAACUGAAAUAUUGAAGCUGUAUGUAGUUAGCAGUUAUACUCAGUGGCUUGUAGUUCAUGAAAUUUUAGCUGUUCUAGCCACUAGGUUCCACAGACUGGUGAAAUGUUACCCUAGAACUACAUCUUGCAUUGGAAUAUGCAAGAUCCUGACAUUGUAACAGUUUUUACUGGGUUAAGCUAGUUACCAUGUUUAUGGCACAAAAGCCAGAGUUAGAAAUAUUCCAUCCAAGAGCAUCUGAGGAGGGGCUUCAUGUACAUUUAUUUCUCUAAAAUGUGAAUAUGGUGGUCAGGGACUACCCCAUUGCUGAGUCCAUGAUGGAUGGUAGAUAUGUUUGUUUUUUUUUUUUUUUUUAGUAGAGUUGCACAUGAUAUACAGAUGAGAUAUAUAGAUAUCUUCAGUAUGAAAAAACUUUCUUUUACUCGGAUCAAACCUUGAACCCCCAAAACUGGUCAACAAAAAUACCUCUCAGAUAUUCAUGGGGUUUCAUUUAGCAGACAGAUGACAAGAUUAAAGAAAACUAGUUCUGAUCAGUUAUAUUCAGACAUUGUGGGUUUAAGUUUCCACUGGCUACUGUUGUGUACUUAUUGAUCACCAGUUUGUUAAUAAGCUAUUUUCCCGAUCCACAGGGCCUCUGUUUUUAAAGUAGAGUUGGUGCAAAGCUUUGAUUUGACAAUUAUGCAAACAUAACUGAUUUUCUGAAGAAAGGCCCUGCACUUAACCCAUUUUAAAAGUGUGGGUUUUAAAAACUUGAAAAUGGUUUAUUGAAUUCUUGGUUGUAAGGUGACUUGUUGGUCACUGUCUUGUAGCAUUCUUUCAUCAGUGCACUCUAUCCUGAAGAGAUUAAGCCAUGAGAUGUAAAUAAAUCAUCCUAGCCAAUGGUA